AUGAGAAGAGACAACCAAACCACCCCGAGAGGGUUCGUUUUGACCGGGUUUUCCCACUUCCCCGAGCUCCAGCUUGCGUUGUUUGUGCUAUUUCUCUUCAUGCACGUGGUCACCCUGGCUGGAAAUACAGUGAUAAUAGUUGUUAUCAGGGUGGAUCGGGGGCUGCACACCCCCAUGUAUCUCUUCCUAGGUGCCCUGUCCUUCUCGGAGCUCUGUUACACCUUCUCCAUCACCCCAAAGAUGCUGUCUGGGUUGGUGCCGGGAACUCGAGCCAUUUGUUUCCUGGGCUGUGCCACACAAAUGCAUUUCUCCUUCACGUUUGGCUUCAUGCACUCUUUGACGGUGAUGGGGUAUGACCGGUACGUGGCCAUCUGUCACCCCUUGCGUUACAACACCCUCGUGACCCCCCGUGUCUGUAUCCAGCUGGUGGUCGCCUCAUGGCUGGGCGGGGGCCUCCUGGGGCUGCUGGUGACUUGCGCUGUCUUCCAGUUACCCUUCUGCCAGUCCCACCAGAUUGACCACUUCUUCUGCCACGUACCCCCCCUGCUCCAGCUGGCUUGUGCUGGUGGCGAGAUGGUCGCCACCGUAGUCAAUGUCCUUUGCAUGACUGCCUUGUUGGGUUGCUUUCUGCUCAUCCUUCUCUCCUACGCCUUCAUCCUUGGCCGCAUUCUGCAGAUGCCUUCAGCAGAAGGAAGGCACAAAACCUUCUCCACCUGCGCCUCCCACCUUGCCGUCGUGGUGGUGCACUACGGCUGCGCCUCCGUCGUCUACCUGCAAGGCAAAUCGCCCCACACUGCGGGAGCAAGUGCUCUCGUUGAUGUGUCCUACACGGUCUUCACCCCCUUCCUCAGCCCCAUCAUCUUCAGUCUGCGAAGCAAAGACUUAAAAAAAGCCCUUUGGAAAUCUCUGAGGAAAAGCUUUGUCGUUGGGAAGGCGAAUUUUUGGCCAGGCUUCAGUUUCAGCUACAGGAGUGUUUAUCGCUAA